AUGUCUCCCUCACCACAGCUUGCUCCCCCGGGUAGCAGUUCAUACGACUCAGGAACAAUGCACGUUGGCGAUGGCACUUGGGACGCUGGAAGAGACACCUUCCUGCUGCCGAACUUGGUCGGCACCAACUUCGCGACAACUAGAUAUAAUGGAAUGGGAAACCGCUUUUUCACCAUGACUGGAUACCAUGCCUUGGUCAGAACGCACGGUAUCAUUGCGGCCAUUACAUUUCUCGGCGCUGUGCCGACCGCCAUCUUCCUCAUGCGCUUCUACGGUCGCAAUCCACGACUAGCCCUCCGCAUGCACAUUUGGCUUCAAAUCCUUACCUUGCUCUUGACCACUGUCGUCUUCAUCCUCGGGUUCAUGGCCGUCGGGCCCAAUCGAAGUCUAUCAAACCCCCAUCAUGGCAUCGGUGUCGCCAUUUAUGUGCUAUUGUGGGUGCAAGUCUUUUGGGGAUGUAUCGCGCAUAGAGGCAGAGCCAAAACCGCACCACAUACACCACUUCGAGUCAUGCUCCAUCAAUGGCUUGGCCGAGCAAUCGCUCUUUUGGGCAUCACCCAGGUGGCUCUUGGGCUCACCUUGUAUGGGUCGCCCCUCUACCUCUUCGUCUUGUAUACCCUCUUGAUGAUUGCUUACAUAGUAGUCUAUUUCAUCCUGUCCUACUUGGCUGAACGACGCCAAGGCCAACGUUUCGGCGACCGUGUCGGAGGCUACUAUUCUGAAGAGGUUGCCUCCCGUCCCGGCCAACAUAAGGAACGUGGCGGCUGGGGGAAAUGGAUCCUGGGGGGUGCUGCCGCCCUUGGACUAGCCUCACUGUGGCGACGACGAUCCCAAAAGCAAAACAAUCAGACCGAUGGCUCACUAGGAACCGAGACAAGCAUGUCUUCAUCUUACAUUUCUGAAGAGAAAUAUUCUCAUCGACCAGAGCCUCGCAAAGAGAAGAGCGGCUUCGGCAAUCGUCUGUUGCAGAUUGCGGCAAUUGGCGGGGCAGUGGCUGCGGCGAAGAAAAUAUUUGGUGGACGUGGUCGAGACGACGAAUCUGAUGUCGGGCCAUACAGACCACCGCUCGGAGGCAAUCAAUCGGUUGUUUCGGAUUCCAUGUCGCGAAUUGAAGAAGGACGACCAAAUAUGAGACCAACAACACCACUCGGGACCAGUCCAGGACACGUUCGUCCCACUCAUCCUCUCGCCCAGCCUCCCUUGACACCGGGGUCUGGACGCCGUCGCAGCUCUUCCACGUAUUCAUAUUAUGAUGAUUCGUAUCUGUCAGGGUCACCAUCUAGACGCGAUCGCCGGUCUCACACAUUCCGCGAUGCGCUGGCUGCUGGGGGGGCUGCCUUUGCAGUGCGGUCCUUGUUCAAAAAUCGGCGGCAGAGGAAGGAAGACAUGCGGUCUGAAACGUUGCGACGGCAACGCAUUGAGCAGGAAAAGAUUCAACGCAUGAACUCAGCCCAUAAGUAUACGGGCGAUGGAAUCAGACCUCCGAGGAGGACCCAUGGUAGGAUGGGCAGCCAGUCGGCAACGGACCUUUCCAGUGCGUUGGAUGACAACCCUCACCACGGCAUGAGUGGUGCGCUGCCAGCUGCUGGCGUCGGGGCAGCCGCCGCAAGUGCUCUUGCGGAUCGCAAUCGAAUACGCCCAGUGGGCAAUGAUCCCCCAGUCGAAGUGCCAGGCCAUCCCAUGAUCGGCCAACAUGGCAUGGAUAUACCUCCAAUCCCUCCUCCUCACCACAAUGAUCAUGACUCCUCUGGUAGUGAGCUCUACACCACCAACUCCGGACGACAACGCCAUCGCCAUCGCAAUGCGGCGGCGGCCGGACUCGCCGGGGCUGCACUUGGGGCAGCAGCAGCAGAAGGACGACAUAGGUUUUCCAACCGUGCAAAUGCCAACACGGACUCGAUGGAAUCACCGCCGGUGUCUGUUAAGAUCAACAUGCACAACGACGGCCGCAAAGUUACUCUGCGGCGACUGACAGAAGAAGAAGCGGCGGCUCAACGCGAGGCCAGACAAAGAGAACGGCGAGCCUCAGCGGUUGGCAGACGACGAAAUUCUAGCCUUUCAAGCAGCGACAUGGGCGAGAUGGUUGGCGAAGGCGGCGCUAGUGCAGCAGCGGACCGACGCUGGAGGAGGACCGAGGCGCUCGAGGCACAGCAGGCCGCAGAGAACGAAGCAGCAGCAGCAUCAAACGUGCGGCCACAAGCUGUCACUCCGGCGCACUCAUUCUAUCCCAGUCCGCCACCUCCUGGAAGUGGAGGGGUGGCGGUAGACCAUUCGGCCGGCCAAGCUUAUCAGAUACCACUGCCACCGCCUAUCCCAGGUUCUCACAGCAAUCUUGGUCCUGCUGGUAGUGUUACCAGUCCAGGAACGGAAACGAGUGGUGCGACGGAAUACGCAAAUAAUCGCAGAAGACGGAGGGCAGAGCGAGCGCAGGCCAGAUUGGCGAGAGAAGGUCGAGGCAACACAGUGGAUUUUACCUAGGCGUUACGAGCACCUACAUUGACGAAUUGAAUGGACUAUCAGCAUGGGCCCUCACGAUGUGACGACAGGGAAUUUGUAGUCGAUCUGAUUGAUUCAUUCUGGGGUAUUUGGCAAGAAACCGAGAAGAAGCAUUUGCAGAUCGCGUGGGAUCUGUUGGAAAUGGUUUGCUAUUGCAAUGACUGUUCAUAUCAUGACUAGAACUGGCAUUGCACAUGCAUGAUUGUUUGGAUAGG